GCUUCUAUGGAGUAACGGUGGGGAAUAGAAAAACUUUGUAAUAUCGAGGAAUUCAUUGUAUGGAGGUUCGUUAUAGGCAAGUUUAACUGUAUUCAUCACCAACUAUUUUCACUUAGGACCAUUUGCAUGCUCCUAAUUGAAAAUGAUCUUGUGCAAUAUUGCUAAGAAAGUGGUACUGGAAAGAACUAUCACUAAAGAGCAACAAUACUUAACGUGUCAUAUUCUAGUUCUGUAUAGCAAAUUUCAGGCAACUGCACGCAAACGCUGAUGGUAUUCUCUUUACCAGUGGCGGGAGAUCGUCUUAACUACGCCUCCUUAUAAAGAGGUGCGCAUGGUUCGUGCCCCACCACCAAUGACGCUCCCGAGAGGCGGUGCCACCCUGACCCUGCCUCCAGGAACGACGCUGGUGCGCGCUCCACUGGCAUCCAACAUGCGACCAGGUGUUCCCCAGCAAAUGUCAGUGGUGCGGCCACCAGUGCCAACGGCCUCCACGCCAGCCGCAACCACCAACCUGUCACUUCCUCCCAAGCCAACACUGCAAGUUCAAGUGCCUGGUGCAGGGCCGAGUACUCCUGCCAGGCAGCCACCACCACCACAACCGUCGCUGCAGGUUCAGGUUCCUGGCAGCAGUACAACUGUGCGGCCAGCCAAGCCAGAUGCCACUGUUUCUAUUAUAAAAGCUCAACAUCCAGCUUCUUUACCACCAACACCACGGUACAUUGAUGAUCCCAAAAAGAGACGACUACCGCCGAAGCCUGCUUUAAAGAUCACGAAGGCGGCCAGCGGUGAGAAAGGCACGGUUAAGUUCUUGCUUUUCUCUUGAUUCAUAGGGGUAAGG